AUGGCGGAAAUUUAUGAGAAGGAUGUUUUCGUGCUGCCCAACUGGAGAAAUGGGAAGGCUGACGCAAGGGCAAAGGAGAUCAGACUCAAUAAUGCAUUCCUUUACUUGGCAUACAUGUUCGAGAAGGGCCACACUCCAGAUGCUUUUGGAUGCACUGAGCUCUUAUUUGACCUCUUCAAGGCUAACAAGAUCAAGAAAGCAAUCAAGGUCGUGAAAACAAUGGUUGGUUUAGGCAACUUUCCUGAUGUGGCUUCUCAUACAUUUCUUGUCAACCAAUUGUGCAAGGAGGGCAAUGCUGGCUAUGCCAUGCAGCUGGUGGAGAAGAUGGAUGAACAUGGCUGCUCCCCUAACACUAUUACAUACAAUUCUCUUGCAAGGGGUCUACGGAGUGGCCUAUAUCAAAGACUUCAGUACCUAGAGAAGUUGAUGCACAGGGGUCUCAUUCAAUACCUUUACUUACUCGAGUGUGCAUGCAAGGAGAGGCGUAUAGAUGAUGCUCUAAUGCUUUUGGAUGGAAUUGUGAACAAGGGUGGCAAACCUAAUCUUGUGACAUACAACGUCUUAGUAACUAGGUUUUGCAAACAAAAUAGAUUGGAUGAAGCCAUUGAGUUCCUUAGGGAAUUGUCAUCCAAGGGUUUUGAACCAAAUAUUGUUACGUACAAUAUCCUAUUGAAAAGCUUGUAUUUUGAAGGUCGGGAUGAAGCAAAAGAGCUAUUAUCUGAAAUGAGCAGCAGACAGUGUGAACCAAGUUUAGUCACAUAUUUUGAUUGGAUCGGAACUGAAGAAGCAAUUGAAAUUUUGGAAGAUAUGGGUAGGAGUAACCUAAAGUCGAAUGCUGCAAGCUAUAAUUCAAUAAUCAAGCUUUUUAGGCAUGAUAAGGUGAAAUUUAUGAUCAAGUUCCUUUAUCAGAUGAUGUCCAGACAUUUCUACCCUAAUGAAGGAACCUAUAAUGCACUUGUUGUUCUUUGUGAGGUAGAAAAGGUAGAAGAAGCAUUCUCCAUCAUAUAAGUACUAGGCAACAAACAGAGUUCCUUCAUUCAUGAGUUUUAUAAGAAUGUGGUCACAUGUUUGUGCAGAAAAGGGAAUAAUAAAUUGCAUGAAUUUCAGCUUCUUCAUGAGAUGACAAAAAGUGGUUUCACUCCUGAUUCAUGCACAAUAUCAUUACUGAUAAGGAGACUAUGUUUGGAGAACAUGUUGGAGGAAGUUAUUGAGAUUUUCACUGUGAUGGAGGAGUACAAUUACUGUGGUAACCUGGGAAAAAGAAAAAGGGCUCGAAGAACGAGCCGUGCAAGGGCACAGGGAUAUAGCAACCCUUUUUGUGGUGAAGACUGUAACCUUUAUGGUUGGGAUGGCAUAAAAAACAAACAAUUUCAUACUUAUGAAACUACAUACACAAUUUUUGUUGAAGGCUUGCAUGAAGAUGAAACAGAAUUAGCAUCACAAGUUCUAAGCGAAUUACGUUUUAGAAAACUUUUGAAUUGGAACACCAUGGAAAGUUUCAUGAUGCAGUAUGACAUGGAGUAG